CUCUUCAACAAGCAACACGCUACUCCUACUACCUUUCUUUUCCCGCUUCUUUACUUUACAUCCGAUUAUGUCUGUUCAAAUCACUGUCCACUCAGCGCAAGAUAUGGCUGAUGUUGAGAGCUUUGGCAAGAACGACCCCUAUGUUCAGAUCAGUUUGAACUUCGCGGACGAAAACGCUUUCGAAAAGACAUCCACCAAGAAAAACGCAGGGAAAAACGCAGAAUGGAACGAGACUCUUCGCCUUGGCAAUUAUGACCCUUCGGAGCACCAUUAUUUGUACGUCGAGGUCCACGACAAGGAGAAACUCGCUGAUGCCCCCAUUGGCUUCACCGCUAUUCCCUUGCAAGAGGUUACUUCGUCCUCCAACUCUCUCCGUGGUAGGUUCAAUCUUUACACUACCAAAGGUAAGGAGCAGGGAAGCAUCUCCUUGACUAUCCAUAUCCUCCAACAUGGUCAGCAGCCCCCUAGCUCCUUCAACCACCCCGAGAUUCAAGGUCUGUCCCAGAUCGUCAUCGGCCACCAUAAGAGGAUCAAGCGCCUACAAAAGAGAGAGGAUCUCACUGAUGCUGCAACCGCAGCCGCUGGCGUAGCUCUCUUUGCAGGCGCUGCGAAUUUUCUGGGAUCUCACAAGUAGG